AUGAUCAAGCAGAUUGGUGUGCUAGCAAAGUCAUUCCUGUGGGAUCCCUUCUUCCCUAUAACCCUAGAUGACUCCCUAAUGCAUGUCCUUCUGCUUCUUUCCACUCACCGGCUUCAAAUCUUGCCAGUGAUGGAGCAGCCCAACUCUAAAGUCAUUGGCUUUGUCACCCAGAAUGCAGUGAUCCAAUUGCUUCUUCAAUCCAGUGGACUGGAGUGGUUUGAUAACCUUGCAGACAAGGCUCUAUCCGAGUUUCGGUACAGCAACUCUUUAUCAUUUCGGUUUGCCAUUCUGAAUAGAGAGAAUAAAAGGCUCAUCGGCAGUUUGAGGAGCAGCGACAUCCAUCUUCUUCUGGACAAUGAUGAUCUCUUUCACGGUAGGAAGACUCGAACUAUUGAAGAAUUCAUUCAUUUGGAUGCAAGAAAGUCACAUGCCGAUGCAUCCAUUGAAGGAGACCUGGGAGCUCUUGUUUCAGCAGGGAUUCUCCGUCUGAGAAACAGCGUCCUUCCAAGAAUGGACUGGCCGGUCACCAACAGGAAAACUGACACUCUCAAGCAGGCCAUGAAAAACUUGGCAGAGACCAGGAGUAAUUUCAGCUUUCUGGUUGAUGAACUGCAGCACUUAACAGGAGUGCUCACAGUGAGAGACAUGAUCACCCAGUUUGCUCCACCUUGUGUAGAUUCAAGGUUCACUGGAGGAGGUUUCUUUGAAUCUGCUCUAGAACAGUCUGGCUGUCAGGUCAAAAAUGGAACCUUAGUUUGUGAUCAUUGA